AUGAACUGUGAGGUUUGCCAGCUCAAGGAGCUGGAACUCGAGUAUUUCGAGAUACGCGAGGUUUUGCGAUGCAUAUUGCACACUAUCGUCUUUCACCGUGCCUUGGGUCUUGUGCGCCCUAAAGAUGUUGACUUGGAGCUUUUUGAUGUAACUUAUGUGCAAUGUGGAGAGGCAGAGCUUGAGAAGAAAAUAGAUGAGAAGAUUGAGCAGUUUGUUUGUUGGGUGGAGAAGCAUCCAAACAAAAAGAGUCAGAUAUGUUUAUCUUUCUAUGAGGUGAAGAACAAACAGGCUUCUUGGUUCAGUAACAAGAUUGAACGUCUGUAUUGGGAGCAGUGGUAUAUUAAUCUGAAUGUGGCUCAGCAUCUGAAGCCACAUUCUAGCAAGUAUCAUCAUCCCAAAGUUGUAGAUCCAGGAGAGGGAGCAAUGGAGGAUAGAAAUGCUCGAAGUGCAGCACUGGAGGCAUCACUUCGUGAGGUUUUAUUCCAGAUAAUUAAAUUUGUUAAUGAGAAGAAGGAUCAUGUUCCACCAAUUCCAAAUCUUGAGGGUGCUGUUUCAUUUCCCUAUGAAAUUACAAUACCUAGCUCUGAUUCUGAGGCAGUGUUCUACUUUGAUUGUGUUGAUAACAUGAUGCCUUUCAAGUUAGGGGCAAUCAAGUAUGAGAUAAAAGUUGAGUUGCAUUUGUCAAUUUUCUGUGUUUUCCACCAUCGUCAGUCAGCAACUGUUGUUGCAGUAAUACUUUUCAUCCACUGUGCUCUGUUCUCUGUUGUUUCAUAUGUUCAUCAAGAGAGUCUCAGGCUUCCCUUCCCGUUGCACCAAGUUACUUCUCUGUUUGAAAAUUAUGCUGAACCCUGUGCUAUCAAUGACCAGUUCAUCGGAUUCUGCAUUUGGGAUGGACAUGAUCAAGAGAAUGCUCCAGACAGGGCAUCCAACGAUGCUAAGUUGAUUGUCAUAGUCUUUAGAGCGGUCUAUGGGGUUAAAUGGAUUCUUGGUCAUAUGUUUAGGCUGGAAGUAUGCUACUGA